AUGAGAUUUAUGCUACUUGGUGCCUUGGUUACUCUGUUUACAAGCUUAAUCGCAGUAGCAGAUUCCUUUCUGAAUCAACCAGUAUUCGAAGCAUCGUCUGUUCAAGAUGAGUUGGUUGAAACAUUUCGAGAACCCAAGAAUAUACUCUUCUCUUCCAAUUUCGGCGGAGCAUCUCAUGUCAAGUGGGUGCUCACUAUCCUGGAUGAACUAAGUCAGAGAGGUCAUAACGUCACGUUUGUUACCACUAACCUACAUACCAGCUUUGCAAAGCCAUACCCACACUUCAAUACCAUCGUACUCAAAGAUGACAAUGAGAUGCUGGAAUCAACUCUUUCUGCUGGAGAGCACGCUGAUCUAUACGAGAUAGUUGGUGGUAUUUUCGAAUUUGCAAACAGGAAUUUCGAAACAGAUUAUCCUGCCUUGAAAAACAUCAUGUCAAGUCUGAAAAUUGAUGUAGCUCUGUGUGAUUUUGGUGCUACUGCUGGCUGCUACGAAGCUGCAAUUGCCACCGGCACACCGUAUAUUGUAACAGAAGCAUUUGCAAUGUCAAGCGACACUUCUGCACCUUAUAUCAAUAACAACGUCCUUACAAUGCGUGAUUCCACAACACUUAAAAUGGGAUUUACAGAUAGAUUCAUUGGCAUGUUUGUCAAGCCUGUCAAAGCCAUGACAAAAAUGAUGCCUGCAGUGCAGAAGAAUGACGAAACCCGCCGUAAAGUAGGAUGCAACAUAAGCUUCAUGGAACUGUCUCCUUCUGUCCACCGAGACAACCUCAAAUUAGUCAACAGCUUAUAUGGUAUUGAAGCUGCUCGUCCUAUGGGUCCUCUGAUCGAAAUGGUGGGCCCGAUCUUGCCUCGUAAAUACGAUCCUCUUACCCCUGAACUCAAAAAUUUUUUAGAUGCUCACAAACGCGUCGUUUAUAUUGCCUUUGGACAGCAUGCUAUUUUCUAA